AUGUCAGGGGAUUGGGACGAAGACAUGUGCAAGAAGGCGCUGGUGCUGGUGGAAGAGCUGUGCUUCCGUUCAGGAGGAUACAGCCAGAGUGCCAGCUGCAAGGAGUUCAUCUACAUGAUAAGGGGACGCAACGGACAUAUUGACACAGAGAUCUCUGUCAGCCUCCUCUCAGUCAUCGUGACGUUCUGCGGCAUCGUACUGCUUUCCGUUUCGCUCUUCGUCUCCUGGAAGCUUUGCUGGUUGCCAUGGAGAGACAAAGAGGGUGGUGGCCUCAGCCUGACAGCCGGGCUCCUCCCCGGAGGGGCGGGACUUCACGGGGUCGCUGGAGGCUCCUCCCUCCUCCCCCCCUUACUGCAGAGGAAAGACACGCACUCCUCAUCCUCUCUUUAUCCAUCUCUGGCCCAGGGCGGGCAACACCACCCGCACUUCUCUGACCUGAUGGGGGUGGAGGGCGGAGGGGCUAUGAUGGUGGGCGGGGUUGUGGGUGGGCCUCAGGAAAUGCAGGAGCACUCCUACCUGGACAUGGACUCCUACCCUAACAAUGCAGGGAAUAUUAAACUGAGCCAGACGUCUCCUGAACUGCCGCCACCUGAUGGAGGAUCUGCUGCUAAAGAUCUGACCAACGCCCACCCGCAGCAGGUCACGCCCAGGCCCAAGCCCAUGACUCAUCAGCUCUCCAGUCCUGAUUUCCACGGAGAGGAGAAGAGUGAGCAGGUGACCAGUAUCGGGCAGAUCAAGCCGGAGUUGUAUCGUCCACGGCAGGGCGAGCAGGGCGAGGGCAAGCAGGGCGACACAUGCGGAAAAAUCAGCUUCCUGCUCCGCUAUGCCUUCAAUACGGAGCAGUUGGUAGUGAAGAUCCUCAAAGCUCUGGACCUGCCAGCCAAAGACGCCAACGGCUUCUCAGACCCCUAUGUGAAGAUCUACCUGCUGCCUGACAGGAAGAAGAAGUUUCAGACCAAGGUGCACAGGAAGACCUUGAACCCAGUGUUUAACGAGACGUUCCAGUUCGGUGUACCGUUGGCUGAGCUUCACUCUCGCAAACUGCACUUCUCCAUCUACGACUUUGACCGUUUCUCCAGACAUGACCUGAUUGGUCAGGUGGUGGUGGAGAACCUGCUGGACUUCAGUGAGGGCAGUGGGGACAAACCCAUCUGGAGGGACAUUGUGGAAGGAACAGCGGAGAAAGCUGAUCUCGGCGAGUUGAACUUCUCAUUGUGUUACUUGCCGACAGCCGGCCGACUGACUGUCACCAUCAUCAAGGCCACCAACCUCAAAGCCAUGGAUCUGACCGGCUUCUCAGACCCGUAUGUGAAGGCGUCUCUGGUGUGUGAUGGACGCAGGUUGAAGAAGAGGAAGACGUCCAUUAAGAAGAACACGCUGAACCCCACCUAUAACGAGGCUCUGGUGUUUGACAUCCCUAACGAGAACAUCGAGAGUGUCUCGCUCAUCAUCGCCGUCAUGGACUACGACUGUAUUGGCCAUAACGAGGUGAUUGGGAUGUGCCGUGUAGGCAGUGAUGCUGAAGGCCCAGGCAGAGAGCACUGGACAGCCAUGUUGGCGAACCCCCGUAAACCCAUCGAGCACUGGCACCAGCUGGUGGAGGAAAAAUCCAUUAACACGUAUGUGUCGAAGAACACAACAGCCUCGCCAAAACCGCACAUCGUGGUGGACAGUCCUCACUCUGACUAGACACGUCUGCAUUGCCAUUGCUCCAGACGUUCAUCUUUUCCUCUCAUCUGUGAAUAAAUCUCUCCAUCAAACGAAAGAAGCAGAAAACGG